GCUAUUUUUGGUGGGGCCCGCCUCGCUUGCUAUUUCUGUCAGCGGGAGGUUGAAGAGAGCAGGGGCAGGACUCGGAGGGGACGGACUUCUCCUUUCUCGCUGUGGAACUUGACUGAGCUCAGCCCUUUUUCUUUUCCUCCUCCUUUUGUAGGCUACAGUCUUCUAGUGAGUGACAAACACACGGACGCUCUUACGCACGCUCUCCUCCGCCCGUGCGUUUUGGGGGCUUCGCUCGCGGAUGCUCCCGGGGCUUGUAACCGUAUUAACCGGAUUAUGCGAACUAUUCUGCGGAGUUGAAGUGUUGUAGGAGCUUAAAAGUUUUCCGGAGGUUGCUGUCUUUGCAAGAUGGACCCCACACUGUCAACAGCUUCAUAAAGAUAAACCAAGAGGACAUCAUAUUCCGGACAUUAAAAGGUCGCUAAACAAAGAGCGAGCUGGCUGUGUUACCCGGCCGUACCUGUAGAACCUGUCCAGGCUUACUCAGGUGGAGAGUGAACUCAGGGGGAGGAACUGAAGGAUCACCCAAAUGCUGAAAGAUUCCACGGUGGCGGUGCCGGUGUCGUGCGCGGCCUCGUUUCCCAUGGACCUGAGGGUGGUGAGCGAGCGGGGGAUGCGCUCAGGGUCGGACACGGCGCUCCUCACCCCGCUGCACACGCCCCUGCUCCUGAGCCCCUACUCCCCCCAGCCCCGCGCCUCCUUCUCCCAGCAACAACUGCACCAUCACAUACGGUAUAACAUGGAGCAGAGGAGGCGGGAGCAGGAGCAGCACGAGAAGCAGCAGGAGCUACAGCAGCUCAAACACAAGGACAAGAGUCAACAAAGUGCAGUGGCCAGCUCCCUGGUCAAACAGAAACUGCAGGAGGUGAUCCUGAAGAAGCAGAAACAGGCUCUGGAGAGGUCCAACCCGAACCCUCUGUCCUCUCCUGCUGUCCCGUACAGAAAGCUGGCCCCGGACCCCAAUGUCUCAUCCUCCCCUUUGGCCCUGUCUCCGUCUCAGUCUGUGUGUGAGGCCUCAGAGGGGACUCCGCUGCGUAGAGCAGCCUCUGAGCCAAAUCUGAAGGUGAAACACAAGCUGAAGAAACACUUGCACACCAGGAAGAGCCCUCUGACGCGUAAAGAGAGUGCUCCCCCGACCGUCAAACACACACACAGAGUCCCUGACACACUGGACUCUUCUCCCAGCAGCAGCAGUACUCCUGUCUCUGGAUGCAGUUCUCCCAAUGACAGUGCACCCAAUGAUGGUCUGCUGCCCUCUGCUGGUCUCUCGCAUGAGGCUCAGAGGCUCCUGCUCAGAGACGGCACUUUGGCCAACUUCACGGUCCACAGUCCCUCCUCUCAGCCCACGAUCACACUGGGACUGCCGGCCAAUGCACGGGGAGAUGGGGAAUUGUCCUCUCUGAAGGUGGGCCGGGUGCCUCUGGUCACUGCAGGGGGCUCUCCUGUCUUUGUGCCCCUAAGCAGAGAGGAACAGAGUGGGCAGCUGAACCCUCACCCUCUGCCUGUCAUCAUCCUGGAGCCAUCCGGUCUGGUGCACUCUCCACUGCUCACCGUUUCAGGUUUAGAAAGCGUCCCGCUGCAGUUCUCGCAGUUAGACCACCUGUCUCCAGGGGGUGCUCCUCCUCAUAAACCCCUGAGCAGAACUCGCUCUGAGCCGCUGCCUCCCAGCCCCAGAGCGAUUCACUCUCACCUCCUGCAACAACAGCACAGCACACAGCUGCUGGAGCGGCUCAAGCAACAGACUCACUUGGGCAAGCUCAUGUCCAAGUCCAGUGAGAAGCCUCGGCUGCACCAGAUCCCCUCUGAGGAGAUGGACUCUGAGGAUGGGGGCGGGUCUUCACCUACAGAAUCCCCCUAUCAGAGCAGAGCAAGGGCAGAAUCACUGAGGGAGACAGAGCCUGUUUCUAAGAGCCAUGAAGAGCAGAUGAACCUACAGCAUGCCCUCAUUCUCAACCAGUCGUUGCUGUGGGAGCAGCAGAAGCAGUUGCAGCAGCUCCACCGUCAGAUGGAGACUCUGGCUGUGCCCGUGUUAAGAGCAGGAGGGGGCGUGGCCCAUCGGCCCCUGUCUCGCACACAGUCCUCCCCAGCCUCCACCUCCCUGACCCUGCCUGAGAAAACCCUGACUCUGCCCGGUCAGGAGGUCAGCGCCAAGCCACGCUUCACAACAGGUCUGGUGUAUGAGUCACCCAUGCUGAAGCACCAGUGCACUUGUGGAGACAACAGUAAUCACCCAGAGCAUGCUGGGAGAAUCCAGAGCAUCUGGUCUCGUCUGUCAGAGAGAGGGCUCAAGGGCCAGUGUGAGACUAUUCGUGGGCGUAAGGCUACACUAGAGGAGCUGCAGUCUGUCCACUCAGAGAAGCAUGUGCUAUUGUACGGCACCAACCCACUCAACAGGCUCAAACUGGACAACCGCAAACUGGCUGGAAUCCUCUCCCAGCGCAUGUUCGUGAUGUUACCGUGUGGCGGAGUCGGGGUUGACAAUGACACCAUCUGGAACGAGGCUCACACGUCCACAGCGUCACGGAUGGCAGCGGGCAGUGUGGUGGAGCUGGCAUUCAGAGUGGCUAAAGGGGAACUCAAGAAUGGCUUUGCUGUGGUCAGACCACCGGGGCACCACGCAGACCCGUCCAACCCAAUGGGUUUCUGUUACUUCAAUUCAGUGGCCAUCGCCGCCAAGCAGCUUCAGCACAAACUUAGUGUCAGCAAGAUUCUCAUCGUUGACUGGGAUGUUCACCAUGGUAACGGUACCCAGGAAGUUUUCUACAACGACCCCAACGUCCUGUAUAUAUCCCUACACCGUUAUGAUGAUGGCAACUUCUUCCCUGGCAGUGGCUCUCCUGCAGAAGUUGGAUCAGGGGCAGGGGAAGGCUUCAAUGUCAACGUGGCCUUUACCGGAGGACUGGACCCGCCCAUGGGAGACGCAGAAUAUAUUGCUGCGUUCAGAACCGUGGUGAUGCCCAUAGCUCAGGAGUUCUCCCCUGAUGUCGUGCUGGUCUCAGCCGGGUUCGAUGCUGCGGAGGGUAACCCUGCUCCACUGGGAGGCUACAAAGUUUCUGCCAAAUGCUUUGGCUUCCUGACCCGACAGCUCAUGGCCCUGGCUGGGGGUCGGCUGGUGCUCGCGCUCGAAGGAGGUCACGACCUUACCGCCAUCUGCGAUGCUUCGGAGUCCUGUGUGGGAGCUCUGCUGGGUCUACAGGAGCUGCUAUCAGAGGAAGUUCUGAUGCAGAAACCAAAUGCCAACGCCGUGCGCUCCCUGCAGACUGUCAUCCAGAUACAAAGUCAGUACUGGCAGAGUUUGAAAGGCUCCAGUGGAUCUGUGCCUCUCUCGUACCUGUGCGCCCAGAGAAGAGACUGCGAGGAGACGGACGCGGUCAAUGCCUUAGCCUCCCUGUCCGUGGGGGUACUGUCCAAUGAGACCCUUUCUGAUGAGCCAAUGGAAGAUGACAGCGAGUCCAUGUAGAAAACUCUUCUGUAGAUUGUUUUGCGCUGUUUCGAGUGACCACAAGGGGCGCGAGAUUGAGCCCCACCACCUGCCUUAUUAAACCCACACCCACUGCCAACCAGGCGUAUGUCAGCACCUCUAGAAAUACCACCUCGGUGCUAAUAAACCUUUAGUUCAAACCAGUGGUGAAACUUCUGCUGGGAAACCUCAAGAAACCUCACCAAAGAGCAAUACCAGACUGUCUUUCUAACUGACAUCGGACUAGUAUGGGAACAGACUUUUAUCACCUUAUCCGCCUUAAAACGAUAGGACCAAUAUCCGGUUCCAGAAGGACAUUUGCGAACUGUCAAUGAUUCCAUGUUUUGUUUUGUUUUUUUCGUAACACUUUGAUGAAGAAUGGACUUGUGAAUACGAUGCCGAGCGGACAUUGCAUUUGAUUUGAUGUCAGCAUAACCACUAUUAGAGGAGGAGAGAAGAGAGAUGAAGACAGAAAACAGAAUUAGGGCUGAGGUCCUUGUUGUUUGCACUGUUCAGUCCAUAAUGUGAACCAUCAGCAGACCCAAAGCUCCUCUUUGUAUAGCCUAUUUAAUGGUUUCUUGAAGAUUUGUAUGGCUGUGUUUCUCCCUUUGAUCAUGCCUUAUAUCUGGUUCCUAGGACACAUGCUGACCGAAAUACUUGAGUUGUAUUUCUUAUAAAGCUACGUUGAAAAGUAGACGAGAUUUGCGAGCAGUGGAGUCUUAAAAGCACAUACUGUACCUAACCAUGACCUUCUCUACCACUAGUAUUGAUGCCUGUGUACAGUAUAUUACUGUUUGUCCUGAGACUAAAGGAGCGUUCAUUCCACUGUGGCCAUGCUGAGGACCAUCGAAUUGUAGCUGCAAUAAAUACAUGCACUUAAUAGAAGUCACCCAAAGACAACUGCCUUAGAAACAGCCUGCAAAAAGGCAAAGAGACUGUACGCAGAGGGGCCAGUAUGCACCUGCCCUCUGCAUCUGAACCUGUGGAUUUACUGUAUAGUAAUUAGCUUUUUUAUUCUUUUGGUAUACAACUUAAAGGGCCCAUGUUACACAAUUUUUUGGAUUUUUGUGAGGUUGUUUUCUCAUCUGAGUUGUGUUUUGUUUUAUUCACACAUGUUUAACACUGUCUUCUGUUAACUAAGCAUUUUCAGUUUUGGAAAUGUAGACAGACUGAGGGCAUAACACUUGCGGUUAAAAAUGACAAAAUAUUUUAUCGGAAGUGCCUUUCGUUUAGAUAGUGGCGGCGUUUUGGGGGCUUAAAAACGCAAAAAUCUGAAACCACCUUCCAGAGUGGAAAAGUUGAAUACGCUCAACCGUAGCUUUUCCAUCUACACUGCCCAAGAUGCAAAACUCUGGUCAGAUCUGCUCACGAACACAUUUUCAUCACAUAAAUCACCACCACCAUGCAUACCCAAUCGAAUUCCACACACUUUUGCGUCACCGUAUGCAGGCAGAUUUCCUCCCUCGUCUGAACGCGUCUAAACGUCUUCUGUUCAGACCGUCAUCAUAUAAACAUAGCCUAAUAAACCAGGAUUACUCAAACAUGUGUGAAUGAAACCAAACCUGUUUUUGAUGAGGUAACAACAUUAUAACACGGCUUAAAGCUCACAAGAAUCCAUUUUGUGUAAUAUAAGACCUUUAAAGGCUACUUAUUUUUAAUCAAAUAUUAUGUCAGUGUGGUCAACAUCCUCAGUCGCACUAGGCCAGAGAUUUGGCCUAAUCUGGAUUUUGUAAUUAUGUUUAAUAAAUGCUUAAAGUGGCAUUAUAAUUCCUAAACCGAGUCGUUACAUGAGAAGCAUUGUUACUAGUCUGCAGUCUUAAGCACCCUUAACCACAAUAAACAAAGCAGGGUUUGAAAAUCAGGAAAACGUCAUUGCAGUUAAAUAGUUUUAGUUAAAUCCAGAACCCUCACUAAAUGCCUUAAUAAUAAUAAACCUCAGUCUAAAAUUGACAAGUUAAACCUUUGCUAUUCACUUUUAGAUCUUACAUAACUAGUCUCAAUACAAAGUGAAAGCUACAUUACAUUUACUUUAGGCCUAUAACUUAAACAGGCCUAUAAUUUAAAACAAAAUAACCAGCCUUCAGGUGUCAGCCAUUUUGACCAUGCUGUGUCUCUUGCCCGCAGGCCUUUAAUGAAGUAAACCUACAUCUGUGACUGUAGUACACAUAAGUACAGUAUUCACUUGUGUACUGUGUGACUGCCUUUGCAAGUGUUAGCCUUAUCUUGGUGUAAUGACCUCCUGUAUUAUAUUUAUAGUGACUGUUUUUGUCUUAAACACAUAGGGGCCAGUAUUGCCUCAACUCUUAAUUCCCUUUUUAUUACUGAUGUCAUUUUCUUGUUAGUAAUACACUGUAAAUAGAAACUCAAAGACCAAAAUACACAAUGUGUGCCUUGAUGCAUUCAGUACUGUGUAUUGGCAACUAACUGGACUUAACUCUGUCUGUGUAAACAUGACAUUGGAAUCUUUGUUUCAUACUGUUCUUUACAUGUAAUCUUGACUUUUCCUACUUUGUAUAGAGAUUGUCUAUUUUUUACUGUUGGUCUCCCCUUAUUAAAAGAAUUUUCACUAUGA